CAUGCAGGUGAACGAAUGCACGUGUGAGGUGCUUGUCGUUUAGGAAGAACAACUCUGCAGUACUUUCUGUUGUUGUUUUCCUAUUAGCUUGGUUUCAUUAUGUGAGGGCACACUGCAUGUAAUCGGACUUGUAUUUGUGACAGUAGGCAGAUGUGGCAGAAGUAGCAUUACCUUUCUGUUGCAUCAGCUUGUUUUCCUUGCUCUUGGGACAAGAAAUGAAGAAAGCAGACUUUGUAUUGAAAGUUCAGAGGUGCCAGUGCAGUACAGCAUUGUAAACUAGCUGUGUGCUGCUAUGUGUCAGACUUCGAACUCGCUAUUUAAGGAAUUUGACUCCAGUGAAUACUAGAUCACAGCAAGCUAGAAGAAGGUGUGGCGUAUGGAUUCCCUGGCUUGUUGCAGUAGGAGUUCCCUUGAAGGAACUGUUCUUAUCAGAAGCAGUAAUGGCCAACUAAUGCUGGUAUCUCAACAAGCAAUAGCACGAGCACAGACUCAGCCACAAAAUAACACAAGUGUACGACCGUCUGUACCUACCAGCACACCUGCAGUCAGAAUAUGUGCUGUACAGAACUCUGGCACCCAGUUACUAAAGAAAGCAGUAGCUACUCCUGUGAACACGUUAUCUCAAACAACAAAUGCUGUGGCUUCUACUGUUCAGCCACCUGCUGUAAUACAGCCAGCAGCUGCAACAGCUAGUGUUACUACAGUUACUGCUGUAAAGCCUUCGAGUACUGGAACACCUGUAAAACUUCCAGUUACAGGACCACCUGCACAAUCCAUCUCCCAGAAGGCAGUCUCUGUGAAAGCAGAGGGCACAACAGUAGCACAGACCAGCGCUUCUACAGAGAUGUUAGAGAAUGUGAAGAAAUGCAAGAAUUUCCUUGCCACGCUAAUAAAAUUGGCAUCUAGUGGACCUCAAGCCCCCGAGAUGGGGCAGAAUGUGAAGAAUCUGGUGCAAAAUCUCUUGGAAGCAAAAAUUGAACCAGAAGAAUUUACAAAGAAGCUGUACAUAGAGCUCAAGUCUUCUCCACAGCCGUAUUUAGUUCCUUUUCUUAAGAAAAGCAUGCUUGCCUUACGGCAACUAAUGCCAAAUGCUCAAAGCUUUAUCCAGCAGUGUAUGCAGCAGCCAGCUCCAACCCAAGAAGCUGUUUCAACUUGUACCUCUGCACCAACUCCUGUAGCGGUGGCGACCUCAGCUGUAGCAACAAAUUCUCUUCCCGUUAUAAAACCAGUGUCUGCCUCUGCGACAGUCGCAGCCUCUCCAGUUAUAAAACCAGUCCUUUCCAGUGCACCGGUGACAGCCUCUCUGCAGACGGUGAAGCCUGUUCCUGCCUCUGCAGUGGUGACAGCCUCUCUUCGUCCCGCAGCGUCAGUCCUCACCACCACAAUAGCGACAUCAGGGCUGACUGCUAUCCAAACUGUGAAGCCGGUCUUCACCUCUGCGGUAGCAACGUCCUCUCUCCAACCUGUAAAGCCAGUGCUCGUCUCUGCAGUGGCAUCCUCAGCAACAACCCCUCUCCAGCCUUUGAAACCAGUCAUCGGCACCCCCAUCAGUAUUAAAAUCUCCCAGCCAAACUCCAUCGUUGCGCAGUCGGUGGGCGCGCAGCAGGUGGUAAAAGUGAAACAGUUGGUAGUCCAACAACCGUCAGGAGCCAUUGUAAAGCAAGUAUCCACACUCCCACAGCCCUCAACGCUGACUCUCCAGACAUCUGCUGAGAAGAGGAUGCCGCUGAAUACGCUUGUUCAAACCAACCAAUUUCCUGCAGGUUCCAUUCUGAAACAAGUUACCCUGCCAGGAAAUAAAAUUCUGUCGCUUCAAGCAUCUCCUGUUCAGAAAACUAAAAUAAAAGAGAAUGGAACAACAUCCUUCAGAGAUGAAGAUGACAUAAAUGAUGUGACUUCUAUGGCUGGGGUCAACCUGAGUGAGGAGAGCGCGUGCAUUCUGGCAACAAAUUCUGAACUCAUUGGUACAGUGAUCCGCUCUUGUGCAGAUGAACCUUUUCUCUCUUCAGAAGCACUUCAAAAGAAGAUCUUGAACAUUGGUAAAAGGCAUGACAUUAUGGAACUUAACUCUGAUGUUGUGAACUUGAUCUCCCAUGCUACACAGGAGAGAUUACGAGGGCUCCUAGAAAAACUAACUGUAAUUGCUCAGCACAGAGUAUCAACCCACAAGGGGAGCGAUAAGUACAUCGUAUCUAGUGAUACCAGAGCACAGCUGAGAUUUCUCGAAAAGCUUGAUCACCUGGAAAAGCAGAGAAAGGACGAAGAAGAACGUGAAAUGUUACUACGAGCAGCCAAGAGCCGUUCCAAUAAAGAAGAUCCCGAGCAUCUGCGUUUGAAGCAGAAAGCAAAAGAGAUGCAACAGUUGGAGUUAGCACAAAUGCAACAAAGAGAAGCCAACCUCACGGCUUUGGCAGCCAUUGGACCGAGAAAGAAAAGGCCGUUGGAUUCAUCAAAUGCUGGAUCUGGGCUGGAGUACCAAAAGGUAAUGGGUACUGGAAGAGUGCAGCUCAACAGAGCGGGUCAGAAUGGAUCUGAUACCUUCUCUUGCAGUAACAAGGUGGUAAUAUCUUCAUCUCUCUCAUUCUGGUCCCUCUGGACACUUUUGGAUACAAAUGAGCUUUCCUUCUUCCUCGCUGCUGGUUGAGACCCAGGAGAGUGUUUGAGCACCUCACAACGCAUUGAUGGCUUUUUACCUUUCUUCCCCUUCUGCGAGACAGGAAAGUGCUCUGUGUCCUAGAGCUGGGAGACUGAUGUAUGGGAUACACCAGCUAGCACAGACCUCAAUGUGACCACAGGUGACAGAGCUGGGGAUUGAACCGGAGUUUGAGUAGCUGCUCUGGCUGGCUGACUGUUUGUACCACCUUCCAACAACGUAUCUACUGCAAACAGCUGUAAUUUCUCAGCAUUUUGAAACAUCACUGAAAAUUGUCUCCUGACUGUUUCCUUCUUUUGGAGGUAUUUUUAUAAUGCAUGGCAGGGCUGCAGCGACAGUUUGCUCUCUUAGGAUCUUAGCUUAGAGACUUAAAAGUAUUUGUCUCACCAGAAAUUAAGAUGAGAGCUCUUGACUUGACUUUUAACACCUGCCUGAAGUUUGCUUCCUUGAAGUGCCCCUCUCUAAUUCUGCUGUAGGAGUCUGAAAUUCUGCAUGCAGUUUGUGUGAAGCCACAAAACUUGAGAAGGAAAUGUGUACUCUGCGAGGAACGGGUCACUGAGCCUGGGCAGGUGGGUGGGAAGGCAGGUUUCUGCUGACCUCUGUGAGCACUGUUCCAGGUCCUAUCUAAUAGCUCUGAGCAACCUCGAUAUUCCUGCCAGUACUUAAGAUGCAGGCUUCUGGAUUGUGUGCUUCAAACACUUUGGAGACGAUGAAUUAAGGCUAUGAUGGUAGCUCAGGUAGAAGAAGGCUCUUGUCCUGCAAGUCUUGCUACCUUUCAUGACAGCUGUGGCUCUGUAUCAAGUUCACUCUUGCCUUUCCAGAGAGAUUCAGUAUUUAAUUCUUCAUCCAGCCACUGGAGAGAGCUCUAAAGAUCUUAAAGACGUGUUUUGGGAGCAACCUCCUGACACUAGCUGCAAAACUGAUGUGGGACUACUGCAGGAGCUCCAUGGUGUUUUCUGUUGCCAGAAUUGGUGAGAGUAACUCAUCUCUGCUAGGAAUACACAAAAGGCUGUGAGGAUCAUGAAAGCGUAUUGCUCUGACAAAGUUGCUGAUCUGACUGGACUCUGAGGAUAAGCAAAACACAGGACUGCAGCGAUUUUUUUUUUUUUUUUUGAAGCAGUUUGCUGCCCCACUGGAGGAAUGUAAUAGAUCUGGGAGCAAGGCAUGGGCCUUGCCAUGGGUUCUAGUGCAGGUACUAAGGUGUGAAAAACAGCAUGGGGGAGCUUCUGUGCAAGAGGGAGUACAUGAAAUGCAAAGGAGAGGACUGCCAGUGCUCCAGAUAAGUCCUCUCUUUUAAGGACUGAUAACACCCCAGGGCAGUUGACCUGCUGCCCAGCCAGAAAUUGCUGAAGAGGAGGCUUCUGAGCAUGCAGCAGCAGAGAACCCUCCCCUGAAGCAUCCCUUGAGUCAGCUGAAGAGCUCAGAGCUGGACACUUCUUCAGGGUCCUGGACCCUGAAGCACGUGUGAUAGUUCAUUUUGGUGUGCAGAUGGCACCAUAACUUCAAAUGUCUUUAUAUUUGGUUCCUUAAAUGUUUUAUUACAAGCAGACAGGUAUAUCACCCUCUGCCAUUUGUUCCAGUGAUCAGAACAAAACCGUGAAAGACCAGUACUUCGAUGCAGCUUUGUGUUCAGAGACAUGUGCAGGAGGCUUUAUGCAGCCUAUCAUAAGGUGUUGGGUGAGUUUCCUGACCAGGCAAAGCCCGUUUGCAGUCCAAGUCUGGACUGGAAUUUGCUAUGCUGUCAGACUUCUUUGAUUUUUUUUAAACCAUCCAGCACCUCAAGAGAAGGACCCUUUCUUUCAGCUUGGAUGUGGUGUCCGUUGCUUUAUAUGUGCUCAGUAAGUAGUUGAAGAGCCCUUGAAAUGCUGUACUCGGCUCUGAUAAGCCCACUUGCUGUAUGAAACAUAAAAAUAUGAGCUGCGUCUCAGCAAACAGAAGUCCAACAUAAACUUUGGCCUUGGAAGUGAUUUUACAGCACAACAUGGCUCUGUGUCUCUGCCCUGGCAUCAUGGGGUUUGAAUGGCAAUGGAAUUGCUCCUGGAUCGUCAAAUUUUAG